CUACAAAUACAGCUAUAACUGGGUUUGGGAGUUGGGCUGCAAGACAUGGUAGAGGUGGAACUCUCUUUUGUAAGAGACUUUGUUUCUGCAAGAGGAUAUUAAGCUUGUCCGUCCUUUAAGCUGUCCUGGGCUUCAGUUUCCUCUAAAAUUGUUCGGCCGUGCAAGAUAAGGCCUCCACCCUCAGGAAGUCUGGUUGGGACGUCUCAGUGCCUGACGUGGCUCCCUGCCCACUUCGGGAGUUUACGGUGCUGAGUCUUCUCUGUGGUCAUCAGGUGCCCCCAAUUCCAAACCGGGGAGAGGCCUGGUGAGUGCAGAGUUCAGGGGAAGGCAGGGACAGGACUAGACCCAGCCCCGGAGGUAUGUGUCCUGGACCACACGACUGCCUCUUGAACUUGGACCGUGAGCCCCAGAGCAGGUCUGCCUUGAACCUGGGGGCUGCAGGAAACGGGCUGGGGUCCCCUUCAUACCUGGGAAGAUGGGAACAGGAAGUAGGAUGGGACUGGCUUGAAUUCUCUUUAACAAGCCCAAGCCCCUCCGGGGACCCCAGUCUUUUCUCAGAGUCAAGGAGUGAGGGACACGGAUGGGGAACUAACUUCCAAAGUCCAUCCCAUGGAAAGCGUGCUGUUCUUUUAGAAAGCCAGGGGUCCUGGGAUUAAAAACAGCUGUGCAGAUGACAGCCAGGGAGUUGGCUGUAGCUAGGCUUGAGGGAAGGCCUCCUCCUGGCGUGCAUUUUGCUUGGCACUCUGGUUGACCUCUUUUCAUUUCUGCUGGGUCUCAGAGAAAUUACCCCCCUCCCCUUCCAGCUCCCACCUGAGACUUGGGGCAGAUGGGCAGAUGGACGCUCAACGUGAGUUGGGGUGCCACAGCGCCAUUGACUCACAUGGCCGGCAUUUCUGGAGGGCCCCGGGAGGCACCCCAUGCCUCUUUGGACAGUAUUUGCAGUGGCAGUUUGGUUUUUUAACAUCACCACUGGCUGCAGCCACUGGGCCUCUGAUUCCCCUUCUCCAGCCUAUUCCAAAUGAAUGUUGCAAAACCCUGAAGACCCGACAUUCAGAAACUCACAGACACCCAGGUUUCAGAUGGGCUGUCUGUCUGGCACUGGCUGCUCAUGUUUAACACUUACUUGAAUCUCACCCUCGGCCCUAGUGACACUUGGGGCUGGGUAAUUCUCUUUGGUGGGGCUGGCCUGUGCCUCGUAGGAUGUUUAGCAGCGUCCCUGGCCUCCACUCACAAGAUGUCAGUAGCAGUCCCCCUCCCCAGUUGUGACAAACAAAAAUGUCCCCAGACAUUGCCAGAUAUCCCUUGGGGGGGCACGUUGCCCCUGGGUGACACCCCGUGUCUUAAUCAAUUACUGGUUUCUCCGAAGGGGUUUGGGGACCGGGGAACAGCACCUGAGUUGCCAGCAAACGUGAACCCUCAGUUCCCCUUCCGGAACAGUCCUUAUGAAGACUGGUGGCCACGCUCCAAUUGGUGUGGCCCCUUAUCCACUUAGCCUCUAUUGGGUGCCCACUGGAUGCCACGCAGGAAAGAUCGGGGGUCCUUCUUGAGAUGAAGUCUCUAGCUUUUGUCUUGGAUUUACAUUUUAAGAAGGAGAGCCUCGGAUAUCAGUGAAAACUGCUAUUUCAGGAUUUGGUUAAAAUAUGGACACUGGGCUCCAGCUCUUUUCCCUCGUGGGCAUUCCAAGCUGGGGCCUUUUAACCCGCAUGCUUUCUGUCUGGGAUUUAAGUUGUGGCGAAAUAAGGUGGUUGAGUUCUGUGGCUGGAGUCUCAGGUUGGGAAUUCAAAGACAAGUGUGCCCGGUUAACCGCAGUGUCCCAGGAGGUCUGGGUUAAGCCAGCUACUCGGUUCAGGAUGACCCAGGGUCAGGGGUGAGCCUAGUGUUUGUCAAAACGUAAAAUAACUAAUUGUUCAUACACGCACACGUGCGCGCGCACACACACACACAGCUGCUAAACCUUUCUGCCUUUUCUGCCACCUUCUCUUUGGGUCGGAAAUGGUUAAAACGUCUGGGCAUUUAAGGAGAGAAGGGGGAAGGAGUGUGCACACAUGUACUUACAGGGUCCUCCCCUAUUAGUUGUGCAAAUUUAUGCCCGCCCUUCCUGAGAGGAGAAGGGAAACUGAGCGGCUGGUGAUGCCUUCCUGGAGAGAGGAGCUGUUUGGGAGUGUCGCGAUGGAGGCUGGAGACGAGACGCCCACAGCAGAGAUUCUUUCCUUUGCGGACCCACCUGGGAGCUGCACCCGCCACCCAAAUCCCAGAGCCACCAGCUCGGGUGCACCUGGGUACCUGCCCACAGCUCCUCUGUCGCUGGAGCCCAGGGCCCGGGCUUUUAAGAGUUCAUGGUUCGCGGAGCUGGAGUUCGUGCAGAUCAUGGCCAUCGUGGUGGUGAUGAUGGUGGUGGUGGUGGUGGUGACGUGCCUGCUGAGCCACUACAAGCUCUCCGCGCGCGCCCUCAUCAGCCGGCACAGCCAGAGCCGGCGGCGGGAAGAGGCCCUCUCCUCGGAAGGAUGCCUCUGGCCCUCCGACAGCACCGUGUCAGGCAGUGGGGUCCCGGAGCCACAGGUCUACGCCCCGCCGCGGCCCGCCGACCGCCUGGCCGUGCCCGCCUUCGCCCAUCGGGACCGCUUCCACCGCUUCCAGCCCACCUACCCAUACCUGCAGCACGAGAUCGACCUGCCCCCCACCAUCUCGCUGUCGGACGGCGAGGAGCCCCCGCCCUACCAGGGCCCCUGCACCCUCCAGCUGCGGGACCCCGAGCAGCAGCUGGAGCUGAACCGCGAGUCCGUGCGGGCGCCCCCCAACCGAACCAUCUUCGACAGUGACCUGAUGGACAGCGCCAUGCUGGGGGGCCCCUGCCCCCCCAGCAGUAACUCGGGCAUCAGCGCCACGUGCUACGGCAGCGGCGGGCGCGUGGAGGGGCCGCCCCCCACCUACAGCGAGGUCAUUGGGCACUAUCCGGGACCCUCCGCCUUCCAGCACCAGCAGAGCCACGGGCCGCCCUCGUUGCUGGAGGGGCCGCGGCUCCCCCACGCGCACAUCUCCCAUCUGGAGAGCACAGCCAUCUGGAGCAAAGAGAAGGAAAAGCAGAAGGGACACCCGCUCUAGGGAGCCCCCCGGGGGGCCGGGGCCGGGCUGGGACAGCAGCAGAGUAAAAGGCAAAACACUCCGCACUUCGUCAAAGAGAAGAGAGAGGCGGGCAGGGAUGACACACAAAAUGCAGCACGUAACCCUCCUUUCCCACCUCCCUGUGUAUAAAUAUUUACAUGUUAUGUCUGGUCUGAAUGCACAAGCUAAGAAAGCUUGCAAAAACCCACGUUUCUUUGUUGGGCUGUGUCUUGAAGGCAGAAGAGAAAAAAAAAAAUUCUAGAUAGUCUUCUUUUGUUUCUAGUCAAGCUGCGUGCGUGAAUGCUUAUUUUGUUUGUUUGUUUAUGAUUAUUUCACUUAACUUUAAAGACAUAUUUGCACAAAAUCUUUGUUUAAAGAUCUGCAAUAUUAUAUAUAUAUAAAUAUAUAUAAAAUAAGAGAAACUGUAUGUGUGAGGGCAGGAGUAUUUUUGUAUUAGAAGAGGCCUAUUAAAAAAGAAGUUGUUUUCUGAACUAGAGGAGAAAAAAAAUGGCAGUUUUUGAGUGCCAACUCGGAAAGUGUGUAUUACCUUGUAAAAAAAAUUACAAAGCAGGGGUUUAGAGUUAUUUAUAUAAAUGUUGAGAUUUUGCACUAUUUUUUAAUAUAAAUAUGUCAGUGCUUGUUUGAUGGAAAUUUCUAUCAUGUCUGUUGAGACUUUAAGGGAGAAAUGUCAGAAUUUCAGAGUAGACUUUAGGCGGAGACGCCAGCCCCGUUGGUGGCCGGAGAGCAGCCCUCCUGGCUGCGGCUUUCCCUGCAGACGGAUGCUUCAGUUUAGCGAUAGGUUAUUACUGUGUUAUACAUUCCCUACCGAAGGGGACAUGUUUUAUUUUUCCUUGGGGCCGUUUAGAUCCAAAUGAACAAAAUUCCAAACGGCCUUUGGGUUGCUCACGAAGUAGGAAAGUUACUCCAGAAACACCGAGUUCCAGGUGCCCGUUAGGCCUUUUCCAAAAUGAAAAUAAACUGUUCCCGAAGGA